AACAAGCCGCCACAUUAAAUACCAGUCAAGUGAAUCAGCAAAUAAUUUAAAUAAAUCAAAGCUUGUCAGAUAUUCUCCAGAGUAUUGCCUGCAGCUGCGUACGACUUGCACACCUGCUCCACUUUCGAUUGCUCAUCACUGUGUAUGCGAAUGUGAGUGCGGGUGUGUGUUUGGGUGUACGCAUGCACAAGGAUAUAUAUGUAUGUCAUUUUGUGGCGAAAACGUGUUAAAAAUUAAUUUGCAUAAAUAGGAAAUAUUUGCAUUGACAGAGCAAAUAUUUACAAACAUAUGUGCGUUGAAGCACCAAAAAAAAAAUUCUCAAUAAAUAAUAGCGAGUCACAAUUGUUGAAAAGUGCAAAUUUCAACGCGUACUUAACGUGAUGAUAUUUAUUUAUUUAUUUGUGAUAAAAUAAGUAAUUGAUUAAUAAAGUGGAAAAUUAACAAAUACAUACCGCAAACAUACACACACACACACAUACAUAAGCGAAAGCGGUAGCUUGUGAAAGUGUGGGUGCAAAUAGUGAAAGAAGGUAGUGUGCGCCGCCUAGUUGUGUGCAACGAUAUUCACCGGGAGAGCGUUUGCGCUUUUUCAAGCCACAGCUAAUAAGAGGAAAUGAAGUAAAUUUUAAAAAGGCAGGAAACUCUUCAAAAAAAAAAGGGGCUUUUGAACGCUGAGUAAGGCUGUGAGAAGCAGAAAAACAGCAUUUUAAAAGCGUAAAUUAAAUAACAAAGCCACUUUGCUAAGACUUAAGCGCUUUUAUUGUUAUUGCUUAAAAGCCAGUUUCUAUAACACGGAAGUGGUAACACAAAGCAAGUAUUAAAUUGGCAGCAGAAAAAACGGCGCUUUCGUUCAUAAGAGCAUAUACACAAACGAGAAAACAAAAGAGCUGAGAAUAAAAACAAAAUAGACGGUCAUCAAACACGAAAAAUAAUUAACAAAGAAAAAAAUUGCACAGCGCGCUGCAUUACAAAAGCAACAUUUGAACAUACAUACAUACAUAUAUACAAAUACACAUUCAAGUGUACCCAUUUCGCUAACAAUGCGCUUAAUUUCGCAUAGUAUACAUUGUGGCGCGCAAGCAUAUGCUGCCGUGGCGCUGCGAACACAAUCAACCAGACCACUACUACUACCGGUGCCACCACCGCCGCUAUAAAAUCCGCCGUUACGAAACCGCGACCGACUCAAGCCGCUACGAAAACAAUUGCCAGCGGAAUGCGUAGUCAACGCACAGCCGACACACCAUUUGCCGCUCGCAUUGACUCGUCGACGCCUUUGGCUGCUUCACAUUUGGUGGUUAGCUCUUUGGUGCUGCCGUCUGCAAUGACGGCUUCAGCUGCUCCAACUACAUCACCAUCGCCAUCGUCAUCGUCGCCGUCGUCGUCGUCGUCGUCGUCGUCGUCGUUCACUUUUACGUCAUCCACUUUAUCUCGACGCCCCUACAGUGCAUUCAGAAUGAAUUGCCCCAUUUUAAUUGUAAUUAGCCUUGGUUGUAUCCUGCAUGCCAGUCUGCUGUGGAGCGGCGUAGCUGCAGCAAUUUCAAAUCGAGGCACCAACACACGCCCAAUGAGCACUUCACAGACGUCAUCCAUGUCGGGACCGCAGCCGCGUUUUCUCUCGCGUGGCCAUACAUAUCGCGCCGUGGUGGGCGACACACUGCUACUGCCGUGUCAAGUUGAAAAUUUGGGAAAUUUCGUUUUGUUGUGGCGACGCGGCAGCAACGUGCUCACUGCCUCCAAUAUAAUGGUGACAAGGGAUGAGCGCAUAAGACUGAUAGAUGGUUAUAAUUUAGAGAUAUCAGAUUUAGAGCCGCAAGAUGCUGGGGAUUAUGUUUGUCAAAUCAGUGACAAAAUAAAUCGUGAUCAAGUACACACUGUGGAAAUAUUGGUUCCGCCAAGUGUACGCGCUAUACCCACCUCUGGUCAAUUGCAAGCGCGCAAGGGUGGACCCAUCACUUUGGAGUGCAAGGGAUCUGGAAAUCCGGUACCAUCGAUAUAUUGGACGAAAAAGAGUGGCGCUGGCAAAUCAACAGCACGUAUUGGCGACGGUCCAAUUUUGACACUGGAGAAACUCGAACGUCAACAGGCUGGAGUCUAUCAAUGCACCGCAGACAAUGGAGUUGGCGAACCGGUUACAGUCGAUAUGCGCUUGGAUGUUUUAUAUCCGCCAGAUAUACAAGUGGAAAAGUCUUGGAUACACUCAGGCGAAGGUUUCGAAGCUAAGCUGGUUUGCAUUGUCUACGCUGAUCCAGUGGCUACGGUGUCUUGGUAUCAAAACUCAUUUCCGAUACAAACGACCGAUAGGCGAAUUAUGGCAACAAGAGGAAAUCGCCACACGCUCACCAUACGCCACAUACAACAAGAGGACUUCGGCAACUAUAGCUGUGUGGCCGAAAAUUCACUUGGACGUUCACGCAAAUACAUGGAGCUGUCUGGACGACCCGGUCCAGCUGAAUUUUACUCACCGAAAUGGGGUCGCUCAUCGGACAGCUACAAUCUGACAUGGAAAAUUGAUAGUUACCCACCGUUGGAGGAGGUGCGUCUGCUCUAUAGGCGUGUGUUGAUGAAUGACACAUUCCAACAGCCUGGCAGGUGGCACGAUUUCAUACUAACACCCGAGCAUCGCCCCGCUUCGGAGCCACUAACACACAUUAUGUCGUACACUAUAAAAAAUCUGCAUCCUGGCGCUUAUUAUGAGGCGAUAGUGCAGGCGAAAAAUCGCUAUGGCUGGAAUGAGGUCAGCGAUAUCUUUCAAUUUAUCGUCGCCAGCAAUACCAUGGACAUACCGCCAGAGGACGCCGAAGUGGUGGCCAGUUCCAAGUCGCGCAGCAAUUCUGCCGCCAUCGGUAGCACGCAUUUCGCACCGCACGCGCACAGCCGCACCAUUGCAUGGAGUGCGCUCUUCACCAUCGCCGCAAGUUGCUUACUCCAGCGUCGACUUCGGCAGCGCGAAAGUUCCCUGAAUGUGGGAUAAACGACGUAAGUGGGCGAACUCUAAGUGGGCGGCAAAUUAAUUUAACGUAAGAUAUGUAAUUCGAUGCUUUUGUUGAUUAUUUAUUUUCAAUUCGAGUGAUAAGCAAAGGAUGCAGUAGAGCAGCAGCAGAAACGGAAGAACAUUUAAAAGUUAAAAGUUAAAUAUUUAAAAUAUCUAUUUUUAAGGCAAACAAGUAGGUGUAUUUAUAAUGGAUAAGCAAAAAAAAAAAAACCAUUAAAUGUAUCGAAUAUCUGUAUAAGCAGGGGGAAAACGAGUAAAUGGAUUAAAUAAACUUUGCGGUUAUGUUAUGUGUUUUUAAACAAAAUGGUGUUCACUUAACUUGCGUCAUAUUUUUUCAAAAGGCAUAUAUACGAAAGUACACCAUUAAAUAUAUGUAGCUUAAAGAAAACCGGAGCGACACGUUGAAAAACAACGCGCAAAAGUUUACGGAAGUUAAGUUAAAAAGCUUUUGAUGUAUAACUAAAUGUGGGAGCGUACUUACAGGUAGAAAAUUUUUUUUGAAAUGCUUGAAAUGGAAAUGAGUUUACUGUAUGUACAUACAGUGGUGGAAAAACAAA